CAGGUAUUUGACAUGGAUGGCAAAAGAAUCCUUUGCACGGCCGAUGUACGAGGCAACAUCGCUCUCCUGAAUAAACUCGCCAAGGACACAAACGCACAAUACAUCAUUCACACGGGUGACUUUGGUUUCUAUGAACAAUCUAGUUUAGACCGUAUCAGUGACAGGACUCUGCGUCACUUGGUUCAGUACAGCACUUUGAUUCCAGCCACCACCCGCAACUAUCUCAGCAAGCUCGAAGUACCAAAAGUCCGCUCUGCAUUUGAGGAAUCCUAUCAACACCUGCUUUCGCAGUUUACAGACUUCUUGGCCGGAAAACAAAGGCUGGAAGUACCAGUCUAUACAGUUUGGGGCGCAUGUGAAGAUGUUUCGGUGCUUGAAAAGUUUAGAUCUGGAGAAUAUAGCAUCCCAAACCUGCAUAUUCUUGAUGAGGCCAAUAGUGAGUUAUUGAACAUCGGUGGUGUUUCCCUACGUUUGUUUGGAUUAGGUGGUGCCUGUGUCCAGCACAAACUUUUCGACAAUGGUGAAGGCACAGACACAAUUGCCGGUGGAUCAGGUACCAUGUGGACAACAACUCUGCAGAUCGGUGAACUAGUGGAGACAGCUCAAGAGGUAUUUGAUCCCUCUGAGGUUAGGGUGUUGGUGACCCAUGCAAGUCCUGGAAGAGAAGGCCUUUUGGCCCAGCUGGCACUCUCCCUAAGAGUUGAUUUCACCAUAUCUGCUGGUCUCCAUUUCAGAUACGGUAUCAGUUACAAUGAGUUUGCGUGUCAGCCUCAUCAGGACCAUUACAGAAAUCGAUUGGAGGCAUCAAAAGAAAGCUUUAUGAAUUUGUGGAACAGUAUUCAGAGCCAAGUAGAGAGCAGUGUAGAUGUCCACCAAAAGAAGCUCCUUAAACACGCACUUGACGUUGUGAACCGCCUUCCUCCAGAUGCUCAAUAUACACCUUCUGCUCCAGGACCAGCAGGAUCUCAACCAGACGCCAACUUGGAUGACCAAGCCUUCAAGAACAUGUGGAACUUUAAUUUGCCAGAUGCUGCUUACGGUUGGACUAUCCUGAACAUUCAAAAUGGUCACAUUGGAACAGAGACACACAGUGGAGGA